AGCUUUUUCUUCGCUCUUAUACUAGCGCUGUGUCGGCCAUAAGUCCGGAGCUGCACACCUUGGUUCUUGGACCGCGGCAGAGAAGAAAAAGAGUCGCUCCCUCCUCCUCCUCCUCCUCCUUCUCCGUUGCUACCUAUUACUACUACUACUACUACUACUACUAUCACUACUGUUUUACUACCGCUAGAUUUGAUGCUGUCGUCGAGUCGAGUGUGCCCAAGACAUACCCACCUAUAGCCACCCAUGACGACCGCCGAGACGGGCCCUGAAGUUCCCAGCGCGUCGGGUGCGGGUGCGCCGCCCGCCCUCUCGCAAGAGAUCAACACCGCGACCAGAUCCGUCCACACGUCGCUCAACCGCCUCAUCACGGCGCGCCUGCCGCUCGCGCUGCCGCCCCACGCCCCCUCGCCCCGCGUCUACGCCCUCGGCCUGCAGCACUUCGCCCACGUCUACCUAGCCUUCGAGGCGGCAUGGGGGGACAUCGUGGCGCAGAGCAGCGGAAGCGACACUGACACUGCCGCCGCGCUCGAGGAGUCCUGGUCCUCGGUCUCUGCGUCCUCCUCCUCCGCAACCCUGACGCCAUCUUCCUCUUCCUCCUCCAUCGCGGACAACAACACCAACGGCCUUCCCGACCCCAUAGCAGCAACCACACACGCGCUCCUAGCAUCGCUCCUCCCCCCAGGCCUCACCCGGACGGCGCGCCUCCGCGCAGACCUCGCAGCGCUGCUCGCGCUCCCCACGCCCGCCGCCGUGGACGCCUCGCUCGCGCGCUCGCUAGCCAGCAGCCCCGCCGCCGCGGCCUUCGUCGCGCAUAUCCGCGCCGCCGUCGCCGCGCGGCCGCACGUCCUGCUCGCGUACGCGUGGGUCAUGUACAUGGCGGUAUUCAGCGGCGGGCGCUGGAUCCGGGGGCAGUUCCUCGGCGCGGGGGAGGAGUGGUGGCGCACUUCUACUACCGAGAAGAAAGCAGAGGGAGGGGAAGGAGCACCGAAGCUGGACCUCGCAGCCACGGGCCUCGCAUUCUUCCACUUCCCCGGCACCCACGACGGCGAAGACAUCAAAGCCGCGUUUAAAGCCCAGCUGAGCGCGGCGGAACUCCUGCUUACCCCCGCACAGCGCGCCGACAUCCUCGCCGAGGCGGGCACGAUCUUUGCGCGCUGCGAGGGGCUCGUGCACGAGCUGGACGGGCUGUUUAGCACUCUUUUGCCGCCUGCGAUGGCUGCUGAGCAGACGUACGACGCCGCGCUGGCUGCGCACGCGGGUGCAGCGGGGGGCGAGAAGCGCUGUCCGGCCUCCUCGGCUUCGGCAGCGAUGCUGCAACAACAGUGGCAGUGGCAACAGCAACAGCAGCGCGAGAAGCGCGCGUGGCGCCGGGCGGCCGGCGCGGCGGCCGGGGCGCUGCUGCUGGGUGGCGCGGGGUGGUAUGCUGCGUGCGCUGUUGGGGAGGCGCUGAGGGUUGGGUGGGAGGCUGGCUGGGCGGAGGUGGGGGCGAUGGCGGCUGUGGGUGCGUAGUGUGUUGUGCGUGGUGUGGGAGGUGAUUGAUACCCUUUUCUUUUUCUUUUUCUUGUCUUUUUUCCUUCUUCUCUUGGGGUCUUUUCGGCUUCUUGUACGCAGGUACGCACAUAGGUAAGUGUGCUUUCGGUUUCAGUUUCAGUUUCAGUUUCAGUUUCUUUC